AUGAAAAUAUUAAUAAUUCUGAUAGUGACAUAAUCUAUAUCAACAAUCAUAGGAUUUACAGAAUAUAAAGAACCAAAAGAAGUAAUAGCAUUAGCUCUUGAGCUUUUUGGACUAGCAAUCUUAUUACUUUUAAAUAGGAUGAAUUAAUCAGAUUUAGUUUAAAGAUUAUUGCUCUUAUGCUAAUCAUUAAUAAUAUUUGUAUUAAUUCCAGAUUCUCAGUUUAAAUUUUAUACAGCAGUUUAUCAUAUAGUGGUUCGCAUUUAACUUUAGAAUAAACUAAGUAAAUGGUUAUUAUUAGAAUGGUUGGGUAAAAUCUAAAUAAUUAAUGAUUUAGUCUUUCUUUCUAUUAUACUAAUAUUUGGAACAUCUUUAGACAUACAAGAAAUAAUUAGAAGUGUUUUUGUAGGGAUUGCAAUAAUGUUAAUGGAAUGUCUUCUUUUCCAAGAUUAACUUCAAAAUGAAGAAAAUAAACCAUAAAUUAUGGUAUCAUCAAAAAUGAAUAAUACUAUUGUUAAUAAUGAUGGCUCUAUUCCAAGAAAUAUUGAAGAGCGAAUCAUAGAUCCAAAGGUGACUUUAUUACAUUUAGAUGACCAAUAUAACAUUAUGGAAUUUUAGAAAUAAAGUGCUAUUUAUUAAUUAUUAGAUGGUGAAGUAUAAAGUCUUCUUUAGGAUCUAUAAAUUAAUAAAAUAGACUCAAAAUCAAAGUAGUUAUUACCAUAAAAAUGCAAUUAAAUUUCAUUAAAAUAUUUUUUAGACUUAGUUAAAAAUAAUGCUAUUCCUAUGGUUAUUUAAGUAAUUGACUAUACACAUCCAAAAAUAGAAAAUCAAUUAAUUAAAAUAAUUUAUCAAAAUGAUUUUGAAAUACAUUUUUACGAUGUUGAAGAAAGAGAUAAGUAUUUAAAAAGAAGUUAUAUAUAUGCUAUUUUAAAAUAAAUAUUUAAUACUAUGUCGCAUGAAUUUGGAACAAAUUUAAAUUAUUUAUUAGCUUUAGCUUAAGUGGCAAUAGAUAAAUACAAUAAUUAAGAAUUAUAAUCCUAUUUUUAGCCUAUAAAAUCGACAGGAAUGAUAAUGUAUCAUUUUGUAUUGGAUAUGAUUGAUUUUAAUGCUCUUUUAGGAAAGAAGUUGGAAUUAUAAUUUGAAAAGUUAGAUGUAAAAUAUAUGUGAUAAUAUUAAAGAUUAUAGAAAUUGUCGAAGAAGUAACAAAUAUAUUUUGUCAUUCUUUAUAAUAAAAAGGAUUAACUAUUAGCUAUGAUAUUUUGUUAAAUGAAAAAACAAUCUUUACAGAUAGAAGAAGACUUAAACAAAUCUUAAUAACUUUAAUUUCAAAUGCUUAAAAAUUUACUUUCAAAGGUGGUAUAAAAUUAAUAGUAAAAUCAAUUGAACAAAACAAAUAUAUAUAAUUUGAGAUUAUUGAUACAGGAGUUGGAUUAGCAACAUCAGAAUUAGACAUUUUGACUGAAAUGCUUAAAACAGAUUAUAAGAAUGAAAAAUAGAUAUCUAAAAAGACAGCAGGCUUUGGAUUAGGUUGUUACUUAAGUAAUAAAAUUGCAAUGAGUCUUUCUAAUCUUAAAUAUGAAGAAGGUGGAGGAAUUCGAUUUUCAAAUAAUUAAGAAGAAAAAGGUACAAAAGUAACAUUUAAGAUAAUCAAUGAACAAUUGAAUAUUAAUUCUACUUUAAUUGCUUAAUAAGAUAAUUAAAGUGGAAUUUUAAAAAUAGCUAAAAAUGUAAUAGUUGAUUUAAAACAAUCAUAAAUUGAAUUAAGUUUAAGUGGAUUAAAGAAACCAUUAACUAAACGAUUCAGUACUUUUAUGGUACCAAAGGUUAAAAGUUUUCAUGAAGAUUUAAUAAGAGAUUAGACAUAUAUUAAAUAACCUACAAAAGACUGUCUUUAAGGAAUGUAAAUUUAGUACACAAAGAUAGAUUCAGAUAGUGUAAAUGAAGAGACGAAUGAAGAAGAUUAUUAAAAAAGAUUAUAAAUAUAAAAUGUGAAAUUUACAUAUGCUCCUAGUGAUAUAAUUCGUGAACUGAGACAAUAAUCAAUUGGAGUAAGUGAACCUUAUGUGCCUGAUUGUAAAUGCAAAACAAUUCUUAUUGUUGAUGAUGAAAUGAUUAAUAUUUUAGGUUUAUCUUUGAUGUUAAAAUCUCUUAAUUUAGAUGCAGAUCAUGCAUUCAAUGGAUUAGAAGCAAUCAAAAAACUAGAAUAAGGUAAUAAUUUUAUUUUGAUAUAAAAGCUCAUUGUUUAUAUAGUAUUAUAUUUAUGGAUAUCAAUAUGCCGAUUAUGGAUGGUUAUGUAACAACAAAAACCAUAUUAAAUAAAUAUAAAAUGGGUUCACCAAAAAUUAUUGCUUGUACUGCAUUUACUGAUAGUUAGACAAGAUAAGGCUGUUAUGAAGUUGGCAUGUCUCAUUUCAUUAAUAAACCUGUCAAUAAAAUAGAACUAUAAAAGUUACUCUGUUAUCUUAUAAAUUGA